GUGGGGGUGGGUUAGUUUGUGUGCGUGUCUUCACGAGCCAUGUCGUCCACCGUGAAAAGUGUGAAAGUCACCUACACGCCGGUGAAUGAGCAGGACACGUUUACGUACGGAGACCUGGUGUCCGGCCAGGUGGUCGUGGAGGUGCUGAAAGACUGCGAGAUCGAGUCUCUGUCUGUGAAGUUCAAAGGAAAAGCAGAAGUCUUGUGGACCGAGAGAUACGGACAGACCACCGUUGUUUACAGCUCCAAGGACAAGUACUUCAGUCUGAAGCAUCACUUCAUCAAGAAGGACAAAGACGACCAACCACUUCUUUCAAGCCAGAAUGGAGAAACAUACAGUAGUGUUGUUGCCCCGGGAUUCCACACCUACCCAUUCACCUUUCAGUUCCCUUCCAAUAGGAGUUUGCCGUCCUCCUUCAAGGGUUCUGUUGGUAAGAUCGUGUACUUGCUGGAAGCCAGGCUGAGCAGAUCGAUGAGACUUGCCAAGAAAGAUACGUCUAAGUUGAACUUCCUUGCAGGAGCCGACCUGAACAGUGACCCUAAGCUACUGGCACCACAGCAGGACUCUAAGGACAAAAAAUUGAAGUUUUUCAACUCAGGAUCAGUAGCCAUGGAUGUACAUCUAGAGAGAACCGGUUUCUUCCAAGGAGAAAGGUUGAAGGUGGUGGCCAACAUCCAGAACAACUCCGCCCGGGAAAUCAAGCCCAAGUACACCGUGUACAGAAAGCACAGCUUCUUUGCCGGUGGGAAGAGAAGAUUGGAUACUAAAGAUGUCUUCAGGGAGGUGGGAGAACCCAUCCCACCUAAUACUAACGAAAUCGUGACGAGGUUCAUCGCCAUUCCCCAUGAUGUGGAGCCCUCCAUCCACAACUGCAGCAUCAUCACAGUAGAACACAGACUUAGGGUGUAUCUCGAUGUCAAAUAUGCUUCAGACCCAGAGAUCAAGUUACCCAUUGUCAUUCUGCCGGCGGGUCAGGGUUCCGCUGUGGCCCCACCACCUGCUGACUCUGACUUUGGGUGUGGAUUUCCGAGCGAAAAAUCCGGUAAUCCAGAGAUGGGAGGCUGGGGCGCUGCAGCACCUCAUCCGCCAACCCAAGCCUUUGGUCCCCCCCCUGCCUACUGCGAACACGAGAUGUACCCUCCUACGACAGAUUAUGACAACAAGUAUGAGUCCUGAGAAGGUGUGUCGACAUUUCAAGGAAAUGGAAUUAAGAGAAAAGGAAGAAAAGGAAUUUUUAUAUGUGUUUGUAUUGAAGAAUGUAGUGAAACAAGCUACCUCUUUCAAUACUUUCUUUUUUUGCAUGAUAGAGGGCGCUUGUUUUUCUAAAAAUGAGAAUGUUUUUUAUUUCAUAGAUACUGCUUUUACCUCCUGCUGUGUACUUUGUAUUGCAUUGUGCAAGUAUUCAAGCUAUUUCAAAGUCGGUCUUUAGGCUGAAUGAUCUUGUGAUGUGUUUUAUUCCAUUUAACUUAUUCAACUCAUUGUCCGUUACAUUUCUUUAGGAAACUGCUUUUGAAAUAGACUUGCAGACUGUUACCUGGUUUCCAAAUGAACACUGAUUAGCUAGAGUUACUACGACUGUUUCUGUACAAAUGAGUCAUGGCCCAAAAUACUUGUACUUUUACUCAGAACUGGUGAAAAGUAGGAAGUGAGGAUUCUACUUCUCACCUGUUACCCUUUUAGAGUGAAUGUAAAUUUGGACUGAAAUCCUACCCUGUACAACAGCUGUAACCCAGGAACAAUAAAGUAUUAAACUUGA